AUCGGUUUCCAAAAACUUUCCACAAGCUGUCCUUUGGAGAAUAAAAAGAGGGCAAAACUCGGGUUUCUGGGUUUUCCAACUCGUGACUCAGAUGGUGCUUCUGAUGCCUGGCCACAGGUUUUUCAAAUUCAGAAUCCCCCUUUUCCCCCCCGCGAAACCGAUUCCCUAAGGGCUUUUCUUUUUGUGUGAUUUUCCGGGAAAAGGAGUGACGAUCUUCGGUUUUUCUUCGCACCCACCUUCCCAAUUUCAUCGGCUACCGCCACAUAUCCUCUGCUUCCCCACCAAACUUCCUGGGCCUGUCUCUAAGAUCCGAAGGGAAGGCAGAUGAUUUCGAAAGAGUACGAAUUCAAAAUACGACAAGGUGUUGUGGAAAUGGCUUGGGUUAUGCUCUGCGUAGAUUAUUCCAGACUCUUUUGGUUGCUCUUCGGCCUCUUCACCUACGAAAAUCACGAAGGAAAACCCAGGAUUUUCUAGCGUUGCCCCGAUACCCUUUUUCCUUUUUUGUUUGAAUCCACACCUUGUUUUUCUGAAUUUUCGGUUUUCAUCGUUGUGAUUUUCGAUACAGUACUCUCACAUAUAUACGUGUAGCAUACGGAUUCGUUUCCAGUUGGGGGUUCCGAAUCCUGAUAGAUCGGGUCCGGAGCCAUGUAUAAGACGACUUUUACUGCUCGGCUCGCCGGAGCUCGCGACGGCGGAGUUACCAACGAACCCUCACCCUACGUCGAGACUGAUCCUUCCGGUCGGUACGGACGUUUCAGGGAAGUUCUCGGGAAGGGAGCAAUGAAAACAGUGUACAGGGCAUUUGACGAGGUCCUGGGAAUGGAAGUAGCGUGGAACCAAGUGAAGCUCAACGAGGUAUUCCGAUCCCCAGAGGCAUUGCAACGGCUCUACUCAGAGGUUCACCUCCUCAAGAACCUCAACCAUGAAUCCAUCAUCCGUUACUCCUCUUCCUGGAUAGAUGUUACCUGCAGAACUUUCAACUUCAUCACUGAAAUGUUCACCUCCGGCACCCUCAGAGAGUAUCGUAGGAAGUACCAGAAGGUAGAUAUCCGAGCAAUCAAGAGAUGGGCACGGCAGAUCUUGAAUGGCCUUGCCUACCUACAUGGCCAUGAUCCCCCUGUCAUUCACAGAGACUUGAAAUGUGAUAAUAUUUUUGUCAAUGGUCAUCUUGGGCAAGUCAAGAUUGGUGAUCUUGGUCUAGCUGCGAUUCUCCGUGAAUCACAACACGCUCAUAGCGUCAUAGGUACUCCCGAAUUCAUGGCUCCGGAGCUAUAUGAAGAAUUUUACAACGAGCUUGUGGACAUUUACUCAUUUGGAAUGUGCAUGCUCGAGAUGCUCACUGGCGAGUACCCUUACAGCGAAUGCUCCAACCCUGCACAGAUAUACAAGAAAGUUACUUCGGGAAAGUUGCCGGAAGCAUUCUACGGAAUAAAAAAUGCCGAGGCACAGCGUUUCAUUGGUAAAUGCCUGGACACGGUUUCGAUGAGGUUGCCCGCAGAGCAGCUCUUGCUUGAUCCUUUUCUCGCCGUAUCUGAAGAUAUCGACUCGGUGCCUCUCUAUAGGGUGCUGCCACCGCCAUUAGUUCAAAAUUUGGCUCCAAACGGAACGGUGGUGGAGCAGCUGCCUCGUUCGGCAGUUGAUCCGACGAGGACAACUGAUAUGUCAAUUACGGGCACGAUGAACUCGGAUGACAACACCAUUUUUCUGCAAGUACAGAUCUCAGAUGAGGAUGGUCACAUGAGGAACAUUCACUUUCCGUUUGACAUUGUAAACGACACAUCGGUAGAAGUAGCUCUGGAGAUGGUGAAAGAGCUGGAGAUCACUGAUUGGGAGCCUCUGGAAAUCGCAGGGAUGAUAGAGGAGGAGAUAUCUUCUCUUGUCCCCAACUGGAGACGCCAGUGCCAUGCCCAUGGCCCUUCUCUUGCGCACCACAGUUACCAAAAUGAUGAUGAUGAUGACGACAAUGGAAAAACGCACCGUUUCUGCGCAAUAUCAUCGUGUUCUUCCUCUCUAGAUUCUCCUGUAGCAUCGGGGAAACAACCCAACAAAAACAUGGGUUUCAACGACGAUGAUGAACACCGAGAUCAUCAUGUCAGAAGAAGCGGUGAUGGUUCGAGCUCGAACAGCUCGUUCAAUUCCUCGACACCACAAAACGGAGAGGAAGAAGAAGAGUCAAGGGACAACACUGGGGAAGGAGUUAAAGAGAGCAGAGACAAAAGCCGAAACUCGAACAGGGUAUGUCCGGAGAACAGCGGACGGAGAAAGCCGAGGCUCCAGAAAAUCAAGUCACUGGUGGACAUGAGGACGCAGGUGCUGCAUCGAUCUCUAAUGGAUCUCAUCAACAAGAGACGCCGUGGCUUCAAUACUGUCCAGAACAUCAACGAUCUCCACCGCCCGCCCCCCAAUUUCUUACGACCAAAGUCCCCACCUUAGAUCUUGUCCUAUAUCCUAUAUAAAGCCUCUGUUUUUUUACUGUUCUUCAUCGUCUUGAAGUUAUAUAACUGUCUGUGAGCUGUCUGUGAGCGAAGAAGCUCUGUUUGUUUGUAAGAUUUAGUUUGGAAGUUGUUUUUGGCUUUUUCUGUUUCCUGUAUAAUCUUACAAUUUAGACGUCAA